AUGCAACUCACGCCGAAGCUUAACUAUGACAUCCUACUGGAGGUCAUGAAGGCGUGUUCUAGGGACGACUGCGCUCGUCUCAUGCAGACAUGUUCAAGCCUUCGCAACAAUGGACACAAGGUGCUGCUCUCGCAUCCUCUCCAGUUCUACGUGGAGAAAGACGUCCUCCGGUUUCUCCAAUACCUCCAGCCACAAAGCGACAGGCGAGCGAAACACGUGCGCUCGAUGCACUUCUACAUGGGCGUCGUUGAGCUCUCUGAGUCGACAGCGCUGGCGUUGGCGGCCGCCCUCCCAAUGAUGCACGACAUACAAGAGCUAUGGAUAACAGAUAGCGAAUACUUCUUGUCUUCGCAUCCGGUCCUCUCCCGCGCAACGGGGGCUCUCACUAGCCUCCGGUCUCUACACUUGACUGACAUGGGCGAGUUCGCAGUCAAGAUGCUCCGGUCUCUUCGUUCGGAGCUCACGGACGUUCUCAUCGACUACGAUGUCGAGACCCUCUCGUACGGCUCGCAAGAAGAAUUGGUUGGCUUGUCGGAACUACUGGCACAUUCGCAAGCGACGCUUCAGGAGAUUGCCAUCAACCGCUGGUACGCCUUGCCCGACACCUGGGAGUCGGGCGAGUUAGGAGUCGCGUUUCCGGAAACACGUCGACUUAUUAUCGGCCAAUCACUCUACCCACCUUUCGCCCUGUCAUAUGCGUGCGCAUUUCCAGCACUCUCCCACCUCUCUGUCAGAACGGGAGAGAGCGAGAUGUUCGACGCCGAGGAUGUACGCGAAUGGAACAUCUCCCAGCUGCGCGACCCGGGCUGCGCUUGGAAAGCACUGGAAGAUCUCGACGGGAACCUCGUCGAGAUAUACGCGCUCGCGCUCCCCUGUACGGUCGAGCGCGUGCAUUUGGGCGAGAUCACCCCGGACCACCUUUUUAUGCUUGGCCCGGCGCUAUCCGAUGCGCGCCCUCGCCAUCUCCGGAUGGACAAUUGGCCCAUCGGGCGGACCCUUGAAGGCGCCGCCUCCGACCUAUUUGCAGCCCUCCGAGGGCACGGCGGCUCGCGGCUUGAGACUCUUGCUAUGGAGGUUGGGUUGAGCCAUAGCGACAGCGACGUGGACGUUGCUGCGGUUCUAGAAGAACUGUGCGCCGCCCUUGCUGCGGGUGCGCCCUUACGAGAGUUGCGACUGGACGUCAGACUGGGCGAGGUUGAUCCACGGCCUAUGAAGGUUAUCACGCGCCCGGUUCCCAAACGCUCCAGGCGGAAGCGUGGGAACCCCUUCCCCGACAUCAAAGAGUACCCCCUCACUGUCGCGGAGCAAUCGGUCGUCAACUUCGACGCGCGGGACUACCUGUGCCGGUUUACUGCUGCUGUUCCCAAGCUGCGAAUCGUCAAGAUGACAUUCGGUGAAGUUCGUGGCCUACGCAAGGUGAUCACCCUCGCCGACGGCGAAGUUCAUGUCUAUGGCAGUUGGUAA